AUGCUCGUUUCCCAGGUCCUCGCACUCCUUGGGCUCACCUCGACCCCAGCUUCAUCCCAACCGGAGGAAAUCAUCACCCGCGAUGUCGCUAUCCUGGGAGGCGGCGGCACCGGUUCCUACGCAGCAGUGCAACUGAUUGACCGCGGCUACUCAGUCGCCGUCGUGGAACAAAAGCAUCGGCUCGGAGGCCACGCAGAUACACUAUACCUGCCCAACGGCGACCUGAUCGACUACGGCAUCCGCGCGUACUUUAACGAGUCUGUUGUGAGAGAUUUCUUCAACAAGCUCCACGUCGAGUACGAAAGCUACUGGCCGUCUGCAAAUAACACCGACCGAGUCGACUUCAGGACGGGCGCCAGGGUUCCUGUCAGCGGCGACCCCGUGGAUCCCAUUCCAGCUAUUCUCCGAUACCGCGCUGCUAUUGAGCAGUUCAACUAUCUGAGCACUGGCGGUUACUUCCUCCCUGACCCAGUGCCGGAGGCGCUUCUUCGGCCGUUCCGCGAGUUUGUUGAAGCGAAUGAUCUGCAGGAUGCGCUGACUGUUAUAUGGACGUUUUCUGAACCGCUCGGCGACAUUCUCGAGGCGCCGUUGCUCUUCGUUAUCCAGAUGUUUGGAAUAUCGCACAUGCAUGGGCUGCUUCAGGGACCGUACAUCAGGCCUAGGAAUGGCUCGGCUGCGAUCUUUAAGGAGGCUGCCAGGUACAUUGGCGAAGACAACAUAUUCUAUGAGAGUACUGCAAUCCGGACGACUCGGGAUUCGACCGGUGUGGAAGUAGUUGUCGAGAAUUCAGAUGGCCGCAAACGCAUUCGCGCGCGGAAGCUGCUGAUAUCGUUUCCUCCGAUCUUGCCGAAGCUGCGAGGUUUUGAUUUAAACGAGAAGGAACUAUCUCUGUUCCGCAAGUGGAAAUAUACGGCGUACUAUGGUGUCAUUAUCAACAACUGUGGCAUUCCUGAUGGGUUCAAUAUCGUCAACACCGACCCCAAGCUGCCUGGCGGGUUGCCAGCGGUCCCGUUCGCGUCGAUUGUGGAUUUCGGCGAAGUCUCAGGCUACUACAGGACAAGAGUAAUAGGCACCGAAAGCUUUACUGGUAGGGAUGCCAAACAGCUUGUCCUGGACGACCUCAGACGCAUGGGCGCUGAGCAGACCUUUCCUAUCAACGAGGAUUUGGAGAUCGUCGCAUUGGAGUCACAUUGGCCGACCGCUCUUACAGUUCCACCUGAUGAGGCCCGAAGCGGUUUCUACCAGAAGCUGUAUGCGUUGCAAGGUCGGCGUAGCACUUAUUACACUGGAUAUGCCUUCUGUACGGACUACUCACCACAGUUAUGGAACUACACCCUCAAUAUUGUUGAUAUGAUGGUGGGUGAUAUGAGAGGCUCACUAGAGUCCAAGUGA